AUGGAGAGGCUCCAUCUACCAUUUGCCCUACUUCUCUUUCUGGCAAGGGUUAGCCAUUAUCAUGUUGUGGCGACACCAGAGAGGUACUGGGCCCAGGCACUCCCUAACACUCCAAUGCCUGAUGCUAUUCGCACCCGCUUUCGCCCCGUGCCAUCAGGACUGCUGCAUAUGGGUUUGCGUAAUCGCGACCCCCGCUUCCCAUACUCCGACUUUUCUCAAGAAAAUCGUGAUCCAAGAGAAACCACCCUCUUCUUAGAAAAGGACUUGAAAGUAGGAAUGAACAAAAUUCUCCACUUUCCCAAGUCGGAAUUCAGAUGUGCCUCUCCUUUCUUUUCUCGCGAGGAUGCAUAUGCCGUACCUUUCUUCUCUGCGGAGCUACCACGCAUCUUACAACGCUUCUCAUUUCCUCCCGCUUCUAGUGAGGCUGUACAAGUUGGUGUUACCCUAAAAUGGUGCGAAUCAUUGGAAGCCGGGGAGAAAUGCCUCACAUCUUUAGAGGCCAUGAUAGAUUACGCUACCCCCUCUGAUCAGGACCAUAACAUUACGGUACUCCGCACUAUCAUCAACAAGGAUUCUGUGCUCCAAGCUUAUGCUGCAACAAAAGUGCAGAGAGUGCCUGCUCAAGCAAGCUCCACAUUGUGCCAUAACAUGCCUUACCUUUAUGCUGUGUACUAUUGCCACUAUAUCGGAGAAGGAAGAAUCUACAAGGUGAAGUUGGAAGGGGAAGAUGGAAGCACAGUGGAUGCGAUUGCAGGGUGCCAUCCUCACACUAAGAAUUGGGAACCACUUUCAUACUGGUUUCAAGCCCUCCCCACAGGCAAAAAGGCAGAUCAACACAAUUAUGCUUGCCAUUUCUUACCAGAUACUCACAUCGUUUGGGCUCAUGUUUAA